UGUCGGGCUUGCCUCAGCAUCAAAACGGCAUGUAUGGACUCCAUAACGAUCCCCAUCAUUUCAACUCUUUUGAUGGCGUCAGGAGUUUACCCGUCAUCCUGGGGGAACAUGGCAUCCGAACAGGUAUUGUGGGCAAAAAGCAUGUCGGCCCAGACACGGUAUACAAAUUCGAUUACGAAGAGACGGAGGAGAAUAACAGCCUAGAGCAGGUGGGCCGGAAUAUCACGUACAUGAUGGAGAAGAUUCGGCCGUUCUUGGAGUCUGACGACACCAGACCGUUUUUCCUGUACAUCGGAAUCCACGACCCUCAUCGAGAUGCUUUUGAGAGUAAAAAUGGUCCAUUUGCCAAUAAGUUCGGCAAUGGAGAGCCCGGCAUGGGGGUCAUCCCAGACUGGAAGCCCGUCCAUUACGACCCAGAGGAUGUCAUCGUACCGUACUUCAUCCCCGACACCCCCGCCGCCCGGGCAGACAUCGCCGCUCAGUACACAACCAUGAGUCGUAUGGAUCAGGGUAUUGGACUUUUCAUGGCAGAGUUAGAGAAAAUUGGCCACAUGGACGACACUCUCGUCAUUUACACGUCCGACAACGGCAUCCCCUGGCCAAACGCCAAGACUAACCUGUACAAACCUGGCAUGUCAGAACCAAUGAUGGUCUCCUCACCGUUGCACAAAGAAUACUGGGGACAGAGAACUGAGUCCCAUGCCAGUCUCCUUGACGUGGUGCCAACGGUUCUGGAUUGGUUCAAUGUCUCCUUUCCCGAAUACAAGAUACGGACCGGACUGCCCACCGUAACUCUGACGGGAACGUCACUACUUCCGGUGACGUCAUCACCCGCACAGAUGCACUCGGACACAGCAUUCGGCAGCCAUGACUUCCACGAGAUCACCAUGUACUAUCCAAUGAGAGUCAUCAAAUCCGGGAAGUACAGAUUGCUACAAAACCUGAACUACAAAAUGCCUUUCCCAGCGGCCACGGACUUGUUCGGCUCACCGACCUGGAUGGACACUAUGAACCGGACGGCUCACGGACUGCCGACGAACUGGUUCAAGACACUGGAUCAGUAUUACUACAGGGACGAAUGGGAGCUGUACGAUCUGGAACAGGACCCGAUGGAACUGACAAACCUGGCCUACAUGCCUGGGUACGCCCAGGUUCUGCAGAGUCUUCAGAAACGCCUGAUGGAAUGGCGGGAAGUCACCCAGGAUGCCUGGCGAUGUUUUCCAUCGGGUGUUCUAGAAACCGACAACCGCUGCUACGACCAGCAUAAUAAAGUCAAUAUGUACUCAAAGCCGUGACUACACGAGAGUGGACCAAAAUGUUA